AUGGCGCAGGACCUCCACAGUGUCGACCUGACAGCUUGCGAAAAGUCUGCGACGAAUUUGACUGGCUUCAUGCUCCUGAAGAGAGAAGUCUGGGAACAGGACAUUGGAGCUGUACGUGAGAAGUACACAGAAACUGGCUUAUACCCACUCUUCUUGACUCAUCGAGUCUCCUGGAAGCAAAUAAGGACAGACGCGGCUCUCACUCAAGAUGCUCUGAUCGUUUUGGUGCGAGCCAUCGAGAGCCUAGCCAAGGCGCGUGCAUUGGAGGCACCACCACGAUUCAACUGCCGUACAAGCUCUGCGGAAAGGAACCUGACUCAGUCAAACAUGCUUAAAGAGGCAGUGAGAAAGAUUAGUUUCUCGGGCUUGAGUGGACCAUUGUGGCUGGAUUCUUCGGGCCAGCGGAGAAACGUGUCACUGUACGUGGCAAAACUCAAGCGUACGGGACUCACUUUGGUUGGAACAUGGAGUAUGUCAUCGGGGCUGAACAUUAUUCGACCAGAAAAGAUGUUUGAGGACGAAAUACUCAGCGUGUUGAAGAACAAGACUUUGAGAAUAACGACGAUAUUGAAUGCACCAUACGUCAUGCUCAAGAAAUCCGCGCACAAGCUCGAGGGAAACGACCGUUUCGAGGGUUACUGCGUGGAUUUGCUCCAUGAAAUAUCUGCAACGCUGGGCUUCCGCUACCAGCUCAAGCUCGUCAGAGAUGACACCUACGGAACCCGUGACUCACAGGGCAGGUGGAAUGGCAUAAUGCGCGAACUUGUGGACAUGGAGGCAGACCUGGCGAUUGGUGACCUGACCAUCACCUCAGAGCGCGAGCAAUCUGUCGACUUCACUAUGCCUUUCAUGACGUUGGGGGUCAGCAUACUCUACAAGAAGACCGACCAGAAGCGUUCCCUCCUAUUCUUCCUGUCUCCGCUUUCGGGGGAUGUGUGGCUUUGUGUCGCCGGGGCGGAAGCUUCAGCGCGCAUCAUUGCUGCAACUUGGUGGAUCUUCUCCUUCUUGCUGGUUUCCUCUUACACGGCUAACCUGGCAGCUCUACUGACUAAAGAGAGGCUGCUGUCACCCAUCGAGAGUGCCGAAGACUUGGCGAAGCAGUCAGCCGUGUGCUACGGAUGCGUUCGCUCAGGAUCGACUCAAGCCUUGUUCAAG